AUGAAAAAGCUGCGUCGAAAGGAGAAGGACGCCUCUCCGCCCGUCUGUUCACGACGUGCCAUUGUCGCGGUCGUCAUUGGGGUGAUCUUUGUGGGUACAACCAUUCGUGGCAACAGCAAGAGUUUGUCGUCUCUGUCCUCGAUGCUUCUGAUUGAUGAGUUGACAUUGCCGUGGGAAGAAGAAGGAGAAGGUAACUACACGGAAAAGAACAGUUCCCUGACAUCCCUGAUGAAUUUCCCAAGCAUGAACUUGCUCCUAUCGACCACUGGAUUGCUGUUUGAUGACACACCAAACAAUAAUUCAUCCGAGAGAAUACAAGAACCCAACAACGAUUCUUCUAAAUCCACGGAACCAAGGAUAGCACCCGGCAUGAACUCAUCAUUGAGAAUACCAAACGUUCCCAAAACCUUUGGAUUGAACACACCGUCCAGUUCCCACUCCAGAAACCCCCCCAUCAGUCCUCCGAAAUUACUCAUUCGAAAUUCGAGUGACUCUGUCACACCCUCCAGCCAAGAGUUACCGAAACCCAUACACGACAAUUCACCAACAAAUACGUCUCCCUCGCUUUCUACUGCUACCACUGAGGAUCUAAUAAAGGACAAAGACUUGUAUCUCCCGUAUCCGGGCCAACCUCUCUGGAGCAACCACACCAAUGACACACUCCCCACGUGGCUGACAGAAUAUCUGGAAUGGCACCAACAACAACGACAAUUGCUCAAUGAAAGCAAUUGGAAGGAAUUCUACUUUUUGGUAUCCUCGGCAUUUAAGGGACAGCGCAAUGGUGGAAUGACGGACCGCAUAAGACCCAUACUGUCACUGGUCCGCCUGGCCGCUCAAACUCAACGAAUACUCCUCAUAUACUGGGAACGUCCCUUUGCAUUGGAGCACUUUUUGCUGCCACCACAGGGAGGACUGGACUGGAGAGUGCCCAAAUACAUGACAGGUGACGUCCGAACAACUCCAGCCAGAGGAUCCGGCUGGAAUCCCAUCCAGAGUGCUGCCACCAAUCGAAACUACAAACUUGUCACUGUGGCCUAUCAGUCAUGGCAUUAUGGAGAUCUAUGGUACAAUGAAGUCAUCCAACCCGACGAGCCUCCGCUUCUGGUUACCUUUCGCCAUGCCUGGCACAUUAUAUUUACACCGUCACUGCCGGUGGCACAAGGGAUACACCACAACUUUCGGCGCAUGGGAGUGUUUCCAGGAGAAUUUGCUACCACUCAUAUGCGAGCCCUGUACGCCAUUCAGGAACGACCCAAGGAGGAAACAGAACGCAUUGCCAUUAAUGCGAUGAAUUGCAUUUCCAAUCUACGCCCCGGAGGUCCCUUUUUUGUGGCAUCAGACUCGUUGCUGGCCAUUCAAACCGCCAUCCGCUAUGGCAAAGAACACAACGUGACUGUCGUCACGGCACAACAUCCGCAAGAGCCGUUGCAUGUGGGGCUGCACACCGAGGAGGAUCAGUCCGUGACGCCAUCGUCCUUCUAUGACGGCUUUGUGGACUUGUACCUGAUGCAACUCACACGGUGUACUGCCACCGGACCGGGUGGAUUUGCUCGGUGGGGGAUAUGGCUGGGGUUCAAUGAGAGUUGCUAUGUUCAUCAUUCGGGGAGAAAGUCUCAAACGUGUGAAUGGAAAGAUACCGCCAUUUCAUAUCCAGGAUAUUCGUCAGAAGCGGAACGGCUAGAACGACAAACACAGGCACCGAAAGAGGGGCCUCGAUUUUAUGCUCCAGAUACCAUAGCAUUGUCUGUUCUCAAAAAGUAG